AUGAACAUUCACAGUAGCCGUUGUCGAAAAAUCGUAUCUCUAUCUACGAACUAUAAUGCUGAGUUUAUGAACAGACCAUCUACUUCAUAUUAUAAUGAUGAAAAAACUGUUAUUUCUGCUAGCUAUGUAAGCAGCGAUGAAUGUAAUGACAGUAGUGACGAAUGGCUGCCAUUAAAUAUUAAAGAAGGUAAUGAAAUUGAAACAGAUAGUGAUAACUCUUUUAAUAACAGUAAUACUAAGUUAACACAAUUUGACGACUUAUUUCAAGAAGAAAAUAAAAUAAUUGAUGAAACAGAAAUUAAAUUGGUUAUAAAAGAGAUUUUAGAUAAAAUUGAAAAUAAUAAUGCAAUAGUUUUUGAAGAAAAUACUUUACCGGAAAGUGAUUUGGAAUUAUGUAGGUGGAGAAGAGGUAAUAAAGUAUAA